AUGGCCAUCGCACAAGGAGGCGCCACCACGCACCUCAAGUUCAGCACCAACGAGGGCGAGACGUGGUUCAACUUCCGCUUCUCGGACCGGGCCGUCUACGUGUACCAGCUGCUCACCGAGCCCGGGGAGAAGAGCACCAUCUUCACCAUCUUCGGCUCCUACGCGGACCAGAGGCACGGCUGGCUCAUCCUGCAGGUCAACACCUCCGACGUCCUGGGCGUGCCGUGCUCCGACGCCGACUACAAGCGCUGGUCUCCGUCGGACGAGCACGGCAACGAGUGCCUGCUGGGCCGAGAGGUGACCUUCAGGAGGAGGGCCCCGCACGCCACCUGCUUCAACGGCGAGGACUUCGACCGGCCCGUCAACGUGGCCAACUGCUCCUGCACGCGGCAGGACUACGAAUGUGACUACGGCUUCAAGCCCAGUGAGGACCUGUCCCUGCAGGUGUGCGUCCCCGACCCCGAGUUCUCCGGUGACCUCUACGCUCCUCCGGCCCCGUGUCCCGUCGGCACCACCUACCGGCGCAGCAGAGGCUACAGGAGGGUUCCAGGAGACAGCUGCAGUGGAGGAGACGUGGCGUCCAGGCUGGAUGGAGAGAUGCUGCCCUGUCCCGUGGGAGAGAGCAACGAGUUCAUCCUGUACGCCGUGAGGAACUCCAUCCACCGCUACGACCUGGCCACCGGCACCGACCAGGCGCUGCCCCUGGCCGGCCUCAGGGAGGCCGUGGCGCUGGACUUUGACUACGACAGGAACUGCCUCUACUGGGCCGACAUCUCGCUGGACACCAUACAGCGUCUGUGUCUGAACGGCAGCACGGGUCAGGAGGUCGUUGUGAGGAAAGACCUGCAGAACGUGGAGGCCCUGACCUUUGACCCCAUCAGCAGGCUGCUUUACUGGGUCGACGCCGGGGCACAGAAGAUCGAGGUGUCAAACCCCGACGGCGACCUGCGGCACACGCUGCUCAACUCGUCCAUCCUGGAACAUCCGAGAGCUCUGGUCCUGCUGCCGGGGGAGAGUCUAAUGUUCUGGACGGACUGGGGUGACCGGGCUGCUGGCGUGUACCGGAGCUACAUGGACGGCACCAAUGCGUCCUGCGUGGUGUCGGAGGGGGUCCGCUGGCCCAACGGCAUCGCGGCCGACGAGCGCUGGCUGUACUGGACCGAGGCCUACAGCGACCGCAUCGAGAGGGCCGACUUUGGGGGGGGCUCCCGGAGCGUCCUGGUGGAGGGGCUGCCCCACCCCUACGCCAUCGCCGUCUUCAAGAACGACCUGUACUGGGACGACUGGUCCAGGAUGGGGAUCUUCAAGGCCCCGAAGGCCGGUUCCCAGAGCAAUGAGCUGAUCGUGGGCCGACUGACUGGAGUCAUGGACCUCAAGAUCUUCUACAAGGGGAAGAACCGAGGACACAACGCCUGCGCUGACCAGCCGUGCAGUCUGCUGUGUCUGCCUCAGCCGGGUCACCGGCACACCUGCGUCUGCCCGGACGGCGCCCCCACCGUGGCCACGCCCACCGGGGAGCUGCAGUGCAAGUGCCCCCCCGGGUACCUGCUGCAGAACGGCACCUGCGUAAAGACAGAGCACAGCUGUCUGCCCAACCAGUACCGCUGCUCCAACGGCCGCUGCAUCAGCAGCAUCUGGAAGUGCGACAGCGACAACGACUGCGGCGACAUGAGCGACGAGCAGGAGUGCCCCACCACCACCUGCGACCCGUCCAACGAGUUCCGCUGCGUGGUCUCGGGCUCCUGCAUCCCGCUCGCCUUCAAGUGCGACCACGAGGACGACUGCGGGGACAACAGCGACGAGGAGCGCUGCGAGUCCCACAAGUGCGGCCCGGGAGAGUUCACGUGUGCACGCGGGGUCUGCAUCCGCGAGGCGUGGCGCUGCGACGGAGACAACGACUGCAGGGACUGGUCGGACGAGGCCAACUGCACAGUGGGCCACCAUACGUGUGAGGCCAGCAGCUUCCAGUGUCACACGGGUCACUGCAUCCCGCAGCGAUGGAUGUGCGACGGAGACGACGACUGUCAGGACGACUCGGACGAAGACCCGCAGUACUGCAAGGGAACUCGGUGUAACGGCUUCCUCUGCUCCAAUCACACCUGCCUGCCGGCCACCGCGCACUGCAACGGCAUCCAGGAGUGUCCAGAUGGCGCCGAUGAGAACAACUGUGACCCGCUGUGCACCCGCUACAUGGAGUUUGUGUGCAAGAACCGAGCCCAGUGUCUGUUCCAGUCGCUGGUGUGUGACGGCAUCAAACACUGCGAAGACGGGUCCGACGAGGACGCCGACUACGCCGGAUGUGCCACGCCGACUGAGUUUGGUAAAGUGUGCGACUCCUACACGUUCCAGUGCGCCAACGGGGUGUGCGUGAGCCUGGAGUGGAAGUGCGACGGCAUGGACGACUGUGGGGAUUAUUCCGACGAAGCCAACUGCGCGGCGCCCACCGAGGUGCCCGGCUGCUCGCGGUACUUCCAGUACGAGUGCAGCAACGGCCGCUGCAUCCCGACGUGGUGGAAGUGCGACGGGGAGAACGACUGCGGGGACUGGUCCGACGAGGCCCAGUGCACGGGCGGAGGCACACCUCACACUGUGGCCCCCGGCCGCUCCACCUGUGCCCCCAACCGCUUCCACUGCGGCUCCGGCGCUUGCAUCAUCAACACCUGGGUGUGUGACGGCUACGCAGACUGCCCCGACAGCAGCGACGAGCUGGGCUGUCCCACAGCUGCUAAUGGCACCGCCAAGACGCCUCCAGCCCCCACUCAGGCUCCGCCCACUCCCACGCGGUGCACCCGGGGUCAGUUCCUGUGCCGCCGCCCCCCCCGCUGCAUCCCUGACUGGCAGCGCUGCGACGGCGUGCCGCACUGCCAGGACGGCUCGGACGAAGCCCUCUGCCCGACCCGCGGACCUCUGUUCUGCGGCAACGGGACGCGCUGCUCUGACGGGGAGGCCUGCGUUCUGGACGGCGAGCGCUGCGAUGGCUUCCUGGACUGCUCGGACCACAGCGACGAGGACAACUGCACCCAGGACACCCUGGCCUAUAAAGUCCAGAACCUCCAGUGGACACCUGACUUCCUGGGUGCCAUCACGCUGACUUGGUCCCGUCCCAAGAGCCUCCCUGUGGACUCUUGCUACUUCCUUGUUUACUACAGGCUGGUGGGCACCCAGCAGUGGACCGUCAUGGACACGCACAGCAACAAGACCAGCUACAAGCUGAUGGUGCUGCAGCCCGACACCACCUACCACGUCAAGGUGCUGACCCAGUGCCUCAGCAAGCUGCACAAGAGCAACGAGGCCAUCACCGUGAGGACGCCGGAGGGACUGCCCGACCCCCCCAGGAACCUGCAGCUGUCCUGUGAUAACGGCGAGGACGGGACAGUGGAGGCGUCCUGGAGCCCUCCCAAUAAAGGACACGGCCUCAUCAGAGAGUACAUCGUGGAGUACAGCGAGCGAGGGGGUCCCGACUGGACGUCCCAGAGAUGCACCACCACCAGCAGCGAGGUGAAGGAGCUGCAGCCGGACACUUUGUACCGAUUCAGGGUGGCGGCGGUGACCAGUCGAGGUGUUGGCAACUGGUCUGAGAUUAAAUCCAUCACCCCAAAAAAAGCUCUCCCUCCUCCCUCGGUGAUCGCCGACAGCAUCACAGGCGACUCCAUGAGCCUCUCCUUCAGCUUCAACUCGCAGUACGAGGUCAAGCGCUACGUCCUGAUCCUGUCCUGGCAGUUUGACACCCACGUCAAAGAGAGCAAGAACUACACCGUCACCGAGCGGAUCCUCAAAGCAACCAACCUGACGGCGGGGACGCUGUACGAGGUGGCCGUGUGGGCGCACACCACGGUGGGGGACAGUCCCACCGCGCUGUCCCACCACCGGACCGCCGGCACGCAGCCCGAGAGGCCCUUCCUCAAGACCCGGGCCCUCAACCAGACCGCCGUGGACUGCAGCUGGACCGUCAACAGCACCAGCGCGCAGCUGUACGGUGUGUUCUACGCCACCUCCUUCCUGGACCUGUACCGGCGCCCCCGUCAGGUCAGCACCUCGUCCCUCAGCCUGACGGUCACGGUGGAGAGUGACGAGCAGUACCUCUUCCUGGUGCGAGUCGUCUCUCCGUCCAUGGGUCCUCCCUCCGAGUACGCCGUGGUGAAGAUGAUCCCCAACGAGCGCCUGCCUCCCAGGAACCUCCACCGCGUCCGGGUGGACGGGACGACGGCCACGCUCAAGUGGCAGCCGCCCUACGACGCGCCCAGCGCGCCGCUGACGUACGCCAUCCACGUGCGCGACGUGAUCCGCAAAGAGGAGCGCGACUACAAGCUGACGAGCAGGAACAACACGGUGGAGUUCCUGCUGAGCGGCCUGGAGCCGGGGGGCCGCUACAGCGUCUCCGUGCGCCUGCGCAACAUGAGCAAAGAGGCCGGAUUCACCCUCAGCACAGUUCCUCUUCCGGCUCCGGAGGCCCUGAAGAUCCUGACGGAGAAAGACCACGUGUUCCUCCUCUGGAAGAGUCUGGCCGUCAGGGAGAAGGGCUUCAACGAGAGCCGGGGUUACGAGGUGCACGUGUACGACAGCGUCACCAACCAGACGUCCUACCUGGGGAACACCACGGAGACGUACUUCCGCAUCGGCAGCCUGCUGCUGGGACACAACUACACCUUCUCGGUGCAGGCGCGCUGCCUCCUCAGCGGCCAGCUGUGCGGCGAGGCGGCCCUGCUGCUCCACACGCAGCUGACGGCAGGGGCCAGCGGCGCGUCCCGCAGCGAGGGACACACGGGGGACGUGGCGGCGGUGGUGGUGCCGGUCCUCUUCCUGCUGCUGCUGGGGGUGUGCGGCGGCUUGGUGGCGCUCUACCUGCGGCACCGCCGGCUGCAGAACAACUUCACCGCCUUCGCCAACUCCCAUUACAACUCGCGCCUGGGCUCCGCCAUCUUCUCCUCUGGGGACGAGCUGGGCGAUGAUGACGAAGAUGCUCCCAUGAUCAGCGGCUUCUCGGACGACGUCCCGAUGGUCAUCGCGUAGCGAGACGCCCCCCCCCUCCCCUCCUUCUGUUGCCUGUUUCUCGCUCUGUGCUCCCCUUGACCCUCCCCCCUCGCCCCCCCCCACUCGACAAAGCGAAGAAUAAACGGGCGGAAGACUUACUCGUCCACGAUAAGCAGGAAACAUGAAGACAAAAAAAAGUGUCAAAGGAGAAAGAUAUUUUUCAAAAAUACAAUGCACUUUUUGUGGACGCGCAAUAACUUAUUUUUUAUAAUGUUAAACAUAUAUAUAUAUACAUAUAAAUAUAAAUAUAAAUAUAUAUUUAUAUUUAUAUGUAUAUAGGGUAAAAGGACUAAUGGUCUAAAGGAGGAAAGGAAGAAGUGGACUCUGAAGUGAAGGAGUCGAGUUUGUCGGAAAGAGACCAGAUCUGUAAACUCACCAGCCAAUCAGAGCGCUCCAUUGCUUGAAGCCAAAAAAACACACGUAUGAGAAAAAUAUAGGAAGAGAACAACUGUAUACAACACGUCCAAAUAGACAGAGCGAUAAUAGUCACAUAUUUGGGCUUAGGUACUAUGGCAGGAUUCGCCGGUUAGAUGAUAACCGUGAAAUCGAGUUUCAUCUUUUUCCAUUUCAGCGUUUCUUGGUAAAUGUGUUGACGGGUCGACCCUCGUAGAUUCACCUUUAUUUUCCACCACCAGCACGCCGUCGUAUGUCCGUGCGUAGAGGCCACAUUCUCCUUCAAGCGCUGCUCAUCGCAUUUGUAAAUACCGGCUUUUAAUAAUACGUCCUCACCUCGUGAUGCUGCACCGUGUCAUUCUGUACAAAUGGGUUAAAUCGGCCAGGACCACGAAUUAAAGGCCCUCGGCGUCUUUGCCAUAGCUGUAGUCGUAGAGGAAGUGGGUUCUCAGGGAACUGUGUCGGAUCGGACACCAGCGCCACCACCACCACGGCUUAGGCAGCGCGGCCCAUCCGCCCGCGUUGAAUCCGUGUUUUUGGAGGAACCGGAAGUCGUGUCCGGUGACGCAGAGGUUUUUAGACGUGUCUCCAUAUCUCAGCGGCGACUUCUUUUUCCAGAAACUUGAGCCUGUUGAGAAGCUGUUGGGAAGCUAACCAGCGGUAUGCUAGCCGCCCGGUUGUUUGCUAGCACGAGUCCGCUACCGAUGAAUACAUUUCAAAAGUACGGCUAGCUAGUAGCAUGUGUGCUAGCACGAGUCCGCUACCGAUGAAUACAUUUCAAAAGUACGGCUAGCUAGUAGCAUGUGUGCUAGCACAAGUGAAAUCAAGCUUUUAUUAACUAAACACAUUUUAAAGGUAUGCCUGCUAGCUAGUAGCAUGCUACAUUCAAAAUGUUUGAUUAAAAAGUGCAUUUUAAUGAUUUCUAGAAAAAGCCCUCCGUUCUUUUAAGGUUUCCCCCGUUGAGUUAAUUUUAAAACGUUUUUUAAACGAUGUUCAUCAAAACAAACCACUGCAAAAAGCAAAAGUUUUCAUUAUCUAAUCAGCUGUUUACUCCUUUUCCUUUUUGUUGCACCGUGUUGUUUAGUCUGACAACCAUCCAAAGCGGAAAAAUAUUCUAUUUCAUAAAACUACUGAGUGUUUCGGCAACUUUGCUAACGGAAUAAUUUGAGUGACUCAAUAAUAGAGGCUUGGUGUCACCCUCCCAAAACGUAGCAAUAUAUUUGCUGUCAUCCAGCUGAUUAAAAGUCCCGUGUCCACGUUUCUGGAAAAAGAUGUUUCUGUUGGCUGUUUUUAAUUUUAUAUUUUCGUGCACCUGAGCUCCGCUAAACGUGUAUUUAGGAUCAUGAACUGAAACGUGUACUUUUUGCCAUUUGCAUUGUCCUUUUUUAAGUUCCAGUUAGUGGUACCAGUUGUAUGUACAGAAGAGAACUGUUGCACGUAAUUGUAUGAUCACAAAAAAAGGAAUUUGGGGGUAUCUGCCCCCCCCCCGACUCUGUACUGUAGUCCAUUAACUGAUAUUUUGUGUUCGGUUUGAGCCGUUCAGCUUUCUCUUGUUUGUUCGACGUCUUCAUGAAUGUAUUUUAUAUCUGUCCCAGCUCAUUAUGCUACUGCCCACCUGUGAAGUUAGUGCACCCCCCCCCCCCCCCUCUG